AUGGAAAAUGCGAUGGAAAAUGCGAUGGAAAAUGCGAUGCUACAAUGUUCCAAGACGUGUGAGAACGGUGGAAGUCAGAACUCCAUCCCCUGUCUGUGUAACUGUGCCCCUGGCUGGACGGGCGACCUCUGUGACACACCAGUCGGCCCAUCGACGUGUGAGGUCUGCGAACUUCCACUGAUGCUGGACGAAGCCACCUGUCAGUGCAUAGAAAACCCAAUUUGCACGUUCAUUAGGAGCAACAACCUAUGUGGUCUGGCGUACGGUCAGGCGUGCAAGUGUGCCUGACUCGGACACAGCUGGACGUGAGGAGUCUUGUUGAUGUACAUCUCGCUGUGAAGCAAUAAAUAACAACCACCUCCUCCAAA